CCUCGUAGGAGGCGUAUUCAAGCUCGAACUGUUCCUCCCCGAUGACUACCCCAUGACGCCGCCCAAGGUUCGCUUCCUUACCAAGAUCUACCACCCCAACAUCGACCGUCUAGGGCGCAUCUGCCUCGACGUCCUCAAGAGCAACUGGUCGCCCGCGCUCCAGAUCCGCACCAUCCUCCUCUCGAUCCAGGCUCUCUUGGGCGCGCCCAAUCCUGACGACCCUCUCGCGAACGACGUUGCGCAGGCAUGGAAGGAGAACCAGGCACAAGCAAUCAAGACAGCCCAGGAGUGGACCCAGCAGUAUGCGAAGCCAUGA